GGGGAUUUUUUCCCCCCACUCUGCAGCAGCAAACAAAGAGGAAGAUGGAAAAGUCAUUGUGCAUGUUGGCUGCGGUGAUUUUUCUGGGAGGAUUUUUAGAUGCAGUCGGAGCGCUGACAGACGAUAAAACGACUGAGCCUUAUUCAUUAUUAAACAGCACAACUACAGCCGAGUCUGUCACUGUGAAGCCACAGGAUCACAGCACAGACCGACCGACUCCAACAACUGCACAGACAAAAUUAUCCACCACCGCUGGCAGAGACAAACAUCUAGACGCUAAAAGCAUCAGCCAAGACAGCGAAGAAGAAAAAGAUGACAGCAAGACAGAAGAUGAGAAAUCAGAACUGGACUGUCCUCCCCUCGGCCUGGAGUCCCUGCGGGUUGAUGACAGCCAGAUCCAAGCUUCUUCCUACCAGCGGAUGGGUCUGGGUCCUCACAGGGGGAGGCUGAAUAUCCAGUCUGGCAUUGAGGACGGGGAUCUGUAUGAUGGCGCCUGGUGUGCUGAGUAUGAGGACCGGCACCAGUGGCUUGAGGUGGACGCCAUCCACUUCACCCUGUUCACUGGAGUCAUCCUGCAGGGCCGAAACUCCAUCUGGAGUUGGGACUGGGUCCACACCUACAAAGUCCAGCUGAGUAACGACUCUGUGAACUGGGAAACCUGCAUGAAUGGGACAGAAGAAGCGAUCUUUGAAGGAAACCAAGGUCCAGAGACUCCGGUGCUCGGACUCCUCCCUGUUCCCACCGUUGCCCGUUUCAUCCGCAUCAACCCGCAGACCUGGUACCCCAACGGCACCAUCUGUCUCAGGGCUGAGAUACUCGGCUGUCGUGUUGAUGAUCCAAUGGACAUCUACUCUUCAGAGCAAGAACCAGGAUCAAAGGACGCUCUGGACUUCAGACACCACAACUACAAGGAGAUGAGAAAGCUCAUGAAGUCUGUGACCGAGGAGUGCCCGGACAUCACCCACAUCUACACCAUCGGGAAGAGCUACAUGGGCCUCAAAUUGUACGUCAUGGAGAUCUCAGAUAACCCCGGCAAACAUGAACUAGGUGAGCCGGAGUUUCGCUACGUGGCGGGGAUGCACGGGAACGAGGCUCUUGGCCGAGAGCUCGUCCUCAACCUCAUGCAGUACUUGUGCAGAGAAUACAAGAAAGGCAACCAACGCAUCGUUCGGCUGGUGACGGAGACGCGAAUCCACCUCCUGCCCUCUAUGAACCCCGAUGGAUACGAAGCAGCAUAUGAGAAGGGGUCAGAACUGGCCGGCUGGGCUGACGGACGAUACAGCUAUGAAGGAAUCGACCUGAAUCAUAACUUUCCAGACCUGAACAACAUCAUGUGGGACGCCCAAGAGACGGCAGCAGAUAAAUCUAAAGUCUCCAACCACUACAUCCCCAUCCCAGAGUACUACACUAAAGAAGACGCGAUGGUUGCACCAGAGACCCGUGCCGUCAUCAACUGGAUGCAGGAUAUUCCCUUCGUGCUCAGUGCGAACCUCCACGGGGGAGAACUGGUGGUCACGUAUCCCUUCGACUGCACCCGUGACUGGGCCCCCCAGGAGGACACCCCGACGGCGGACAAUGCUUUCUUCCGCUGGCUGGCCACAGUCUACGCCUCGACUAACCUGGUGAUGGCCAACCCCAACCGCCGCAUCUGCCACUAUGAAGACUUCCAGUCACACAACAACAUCAUCAACGGCGGAGCCUGGCACACCGUCCCUGGCAGUAUGAAUGACUUCAGUUACAUGCACACCAACUGCUUUGAGGUGACAGUGGAGUUGUCCUGUGAUAAGUUCCCUCAUGCCAGUGAGCUUCCCAUCGAGUGGGAGAACAACAAGGAGUCUCUGCUGGUUUACAUGGAGCAGGUCCACAGAGGCAUCAAGGGUGUAGUCAGGGACAAGCUGACCAAAAAAGGAAUAGCAGAUGCUAUGAUCAAGGUGGAGGACCACGACCAUGACAUCCGAUCAGCUGCUGACGGGGACUACUGGCGUCUGCUGAACCCAGGCGAGUAUAAGGUGGUGGUUUGGGCUGAGGGUUACUUCCCAUCCAUGCGUCGGUGCCAUGUUGGAAUGGAGCCACAUCCCACCAUCUGUGACUUCACCCUGACCAAAACACCCAUUCAGAGGCUGAAGGAGAUCCGGGCCAAAGGAGGGAAGAUCCCCCAGGAUCUUCAGCUGCGUCUUCGUGCUCUGAGGCUCCGCAAGCUUCGCGCGAGCACCAAGGCCAUCAAUCGCCGCAGGGAGAGUCAGCGGGAGCAGCUGUUGCAGGAGAGGAGAGCUCGGUCCACCGGAGCCCGGAGAGCAUGAGAGCAGACAGGACGAGGGGCUGAAGAAGCAUCAGAGAGGAGCUGGAUUAUAGAUUGAAGAAGCUCAGUUCAAAUGGUGAAAAUUGACCUCUGGGAAUAGUGACAUGUUCCUGCGAGUAAUUACUGAGAGGAAACUAUUUAAGGGUCAGUUCACCCAAUUUUUCUACAUAGCCCCAGUGAAAUCAAGACAUGCAGACAGUUUUAUGUGGGGAGGUUUUAAAAUAUCUUUCUCUGAGAUUUCUGCUUCCACCAAUGUGGCGAUCACAGCUUUAAUAUAUUAAAUUCAAAAAUUCAAAAGUGACGUAUUUGGGUGUGCUGACCCUUUAAGGCAGAUUAAACCAUGACAGUCACACAAACUCUUACAGACGUUGACAGGAUACCAACCAGGGUUUUUAUACAAAAACAAGGACACAAACUGAAUCACUUCUAAAAAAGUUCCAUAAACAAGUUAUGGAACUUUUUAAGAGGAUAAUGGACAUCUAUACAUUUACAGACAGGCAUUCAUUUUACUAGUUUUUUGUUUUGGAUAUUAACUGUUUUAUUCUACAUAAUAGCUGAUGAUGCUGUAAUGUUUGUUGCUUAUCUGUAAGACGACUGAGUUGAGGAUUUAACUGUCAGCUGGUCUGAUAUGUGACAUGUUUUUUCUAACAGUUUUUUUUUGUUUGACCAAAGUCCAACAGGACCAUAAAAUCUCAAAUAAAUAUUACUUAUUUGUGUCUAUA